AUCCAGUCCAGGAUUUUGUCCAGCCUUUUCUUCACUUUUCAAGAGGCCAGGCCAACUCAGGCUUCCUUUUCCAAUUCCAACAGGCUUAUCUUUUUGGGGGCAGGAGUUGUUAGUACAGUUUAUCUUGCUGGCUGCAAGUUUUUUCCCUGCUCAGACAGUGUGCUCCAUGCCAGGUUUUUGUUGGUGGUGGGUUUUUUUUAUUCCUUUUCAUUUUAUUUUAAAUGUCUAAAUUGGAGAGUUCCUAUUUCCCCCCCUCUUUCCACUCCAAUAAACGCUGGAAGUGCUGCCGCUGCGUCAGAGUGGGAGAUUGAGCACGCGCGUGCAUGUGUCUAUGUGUGAAAUCAAUACAAAAAUGUCAGUGAACAGCAGGAAAAGUUCUGGGAGACCAUCCUACUACUACCGACUGCUUCGGAGGUCACGACUUCAGAGACAGCGUAGCAGAUCCCGGAGCCGGAACAGGCCACUUAGCCGGGAGUCCCCCCCGGACAGAUCUGGGCAGAGGCGCAGCAUGCCCAGUGGGGUCACGGAGAAAAACCCCACCAUGGAGCCCACCGCGACCACGCCGUUCCGGGUCACGGGGUUCCUCAGCCGCCGGCUUAAAGGCUCCAUCAAAAGGACAAAGAGCCAGCCCAAGCUUGAUAGGAACAGCAGCUUCCGGCACAUUUUACCUGGCUUCAGGAGUGUGGACAAUGAAAGAUCCCAUCUAAUGCCGAGACUGAAAGAAUCGCGCUCCCACGAGUCUCUGCUCAGUCCCAGUAGUGCUGUCGAGGCUCUGGAUCUCAGCAUGGAGGAGGAGGUGGUCAUCAAACCAGUCCACAGUAGCAUUUUGGGGCAGGACUAUUGCUUUGAGGUGACGACUUCAUCAGGAAGCAAGUGCUUCUCCUGUCGUUCUGCCGCAGAGCGAGAUAAAUGGAUGGAGAACCUGCGGCGUGCUGUGCACCCCAAUAAGGACAACAGCAGAAGGGUAGAGAAUAUGUUAAAGUUAUGGAUUAUUGAAGCCAAGGACCUGCCAGCCAAGAAAAAGUACUUGUGUGAAUUAUGCCUGGAUGACGUUCUUUACGCACGAACUACCUGUAAAUUGAAAACUGACAAUGUCUUUUGGGGGGAGCACUUUGAAUUUAAUAACCUCCCAUCGCUCAAGAACAUUACCGUGCACUUGUACAAAGAGACCGACAAGAAGAAGAAGAAAGACAAGACCAACUUCAUCGGGCAGGUGAACAUCCCCGUGGGCUCUGUUACGGGCCGGCAGUUUGUGGAGAAAUGGUACCCCGUGGUCAGCCCCAACCCCAGCAAAGGCAAGUCUGCAGGGCCCAUGAUCCGCAUCAAGUCCCGUUAUCAGACCAUGAGCAUCCUCCCCAUGGAGAUGUACAAGGAGUUUGCCGAGUACAUCACUAACAACUACAUGGUGCUGUGCUCCGUGCUGGAGCCUGCGCUGAGCGUGAAGAACAAAGAGGAGAUGGCUUCGGCCUUGGUUCACAUCCUGCAGAGCACCGGGAAGGCCAAGGAUUUCUUGACCGACCUCAUGAUGUCUGAGGUGGACCGCUGCGGGGAGAACGAGCACCUCAUCUUCCGGGAGAACACGCUGGCCACCAAAGCCAUCGAGGAGUACCUGAAGCUCGUGGGGCAGAAAUACUUGCAGGAUGCCUUAGGGGAGUUUAUCAAAGCGCUGUAUGAGUCCGAUGAAAACUGCGAGGUGGACCCCAGCAAGUGCUCAUCCUCGGACCUUCCUGAACAUCAGAGCAACCUGAAAAUGUGCUGCGAGCUGGCCUUCUGCAAAAUCAUCAACUCCUACUGCGUCUUCCCCAGGGAGCUCAAAGAGGUUUUUGCUUCGUGGAGACAAGAGUGCAGCAACCGUGGCCGCCCGGAUAUCAGCGAGCGCCUCAUCAGUGCCUCCUUGUUCCUCCGGUUCCUCUGUCCAGCCAUCAUGUCCCCUUCCCUCUUCAGUCUCCUCCAGGAGUACCCCGACGACCGCACUGCACGCACUUUGACCCUCAUUGCCAAGGUCACGCAGAACCUCGCCAACUUUGCAAAAUUUGGCAGCAAAGAGGAAUAUAUGUCCUUUAUGAACCAGUUUCUGGAGCACGAAUGGACGAAUAUGCAGCGAUUCCUCCUGGAAAUUUCCAAUCCUGAGACCAUCUCCAAUACAGCUGGCUUUGAAGGCUACAUUGACCUUGGCCGGGAACUGUCCACUUUGCACUCUCUGCUCUGGGAGGUCAUUUCUCAGCUUGAACAGGCCAUGGCAACGAAACUGGGGCCUCUGCCUCGGAUUCUGAGGGACGUCAACACGGCGCUCAAUAACCCGGCGUGCGUGCAGGUCUCGGUCACGGCCGACCACACCGUGUCGACGCCCAGUGCUGGCAACAGCAUCUCUGCAGGGCUGCAGAAAAUGGUGAUAGAGAAUGACUUAUCUGGUCUGAUAGAUUUCACCCGGUUACCGUCUCCCACCCCUGAAAACAAGGACUUGUUUUUUGUCACAAGGUCUGCUGGGGCCCAGCCCUCCCCUGCCCGCAGCUCCAGCUAUUCGGAGGCCAAUGAGCCUGACGUGCAGAUGUCCAAUGGCAGCAAGAGUUUGUCCAUGGUGGACUUGCAGGACAAUCGCGUCUUGGACGGCGGGGCCAACGCGCCCGGGACUGCUGACUCUCUCAAUGACAGUCAGUCGUCCAUGGGGCAGUUACAGGGCGUAUGGACCACACGAACUCAGCAGAACAAUGUGGCAGGCAUGGCCACGGUGCGCCGGGUCGGCCAGACCCCCACCACCCCCAAUGCCGAGAGCGCUCCUGGCCGGCCCCAACUCCUGGCACCGCUGUCCUUCCAAAACCCAGUGUACCAGAUGGCUGCCGGGCUGCCGCUGUCGCCCCGGGGCCUGGGGGACUCGGGCUCGGAGUGCCACAGCUCCCUCAGCUCCCACAGCAACAGCGAGGAGCUGACAGCCAACAAGCACGGCUUCGCCGCGCCUGCGGCAGCCGAGGACUUUGCCCGGCGGACGGGGGAGAUGGCCCGCCGGCAGCUCUCGCUGACGGAGAAGGGCGGGCAGCCCACCAUGCCCCGGCAGAACAGCGCCGGGCCACAGAGACGGAUAGACCAGCCGCCCCCGCCCCCGCUGCCCGUCACCAGGGGCAGGACGCCGCCCUCGCUGCUCAACACGGUCCAGUACCAGCGCCCAUCCAGUGGGAGCAUGAUGUCCUCCUCGCCCGACUGGCCGGGUAGCGGGGCCCGCCUGCGGCAGCAGUCCUCCUCCUCCAAGGGCGACAGCCCUGAGAUGAAGCAGCGCACCAUGCACAAGCAGGCCCCUUCUCCUGUGAACCCCAAUGCCCUGGACCGCACUGCUGCUUGGCUUUUGAAUAUGCAGUUUGUAGAAGAUGAGAGCAUUGACCCAGAUUCCAAGCACAGGGAUAAGCACGAGCUCAGCCAAGCAGAAAAGUACCAGCAGGACCUGGUAGUGCUGCAGGACAAGCUCCGCAUCUCCAACAAGAAGCUGGAGGAGUACGAGAGCCGCUUCAAGUGCCAGGAGGAGACGACGCAGAAGCUGGUGCUGGAGUACCAGGCCCGGCUGGAGGAGAGCGAGGAGCGGCUCCGCCGGCAGCAGGAGGAUAAAGAGAUCCAGAUGAAGGGGAUCAUCAGCAGAUUGAUGUCGGUGGAGGAGGAACUAAAGAAAGAUCAUGCAGAAAUGCAGGCAGCCGUGGACUCCAAGCAGAAGAUUAUCGAUGCACAGGAGAAACGCAUUGCUUCACUGGAUGCGGCCAACGCACGGUUAAUGAGUGCCCUUACUCAGCUGAAAGAGAGGUACAGCAUGCAGACACGUAACGGGAUCUCCCCCACAAACCCAACUAAAUUGCAGAUUACAGAGAACGGAGAAUUCAGAAACAGCAGCAAUUGCUGACCGUGGCGGGCGCUGCUGCAGGAGAGGAGGCCUGGCCGGAGAGACCGCGCAGCAGCGGGCGCGAGCUGCCGCGCGUCCGGGAACCGCUGCUCGCCCCCCCUCCAAGACACCAGCUCCUUGCUGCGGAUGGCGCACUUGACUGAUCCUCUGCGGGAGUCGCAACGCCGGCGCACCGAGGGGACGGCGAGACCGAGCUGUGUGAAAUGUGUGGCAUAAGGAAAUCCCCGUAUAUUUGCGAAUUGCUGUCACUGUUGGAUUUAAGUCAGUGUUUAAUGUUUAAGCAAAGUAACCUUUUCCUUCUCAAACUGCCCAAAGGACACGCCUCACAGUUCUUCCCGGCAAGUAAUAAAGGCCUGGUCAUUCCAGUAAGCGAAAUAAAAGGGCCUGGGGCCAAGCCUGCGCCAGGCACCUGGCCCCAAUCAGGCUAGUUAAAGUGUGUUAAAUAGGUAGGUUGCUGGUGGGAAAGCUAGCGGCUGGUUGGGAAAAGUGCUGAGCCCCACUCCCGUCAGUUAGUGCGCAGCAGAUGGCAAAACCUCCGCCCGCGAGAACUAGUGUUUGCAGAAAGCCCGAAUGUCUCUGGAAGCUGCCUGCCUGGCAAGGCAGAGGGCAGGAGAGCCGGAGAGAGCACUUCGAGGUGCCUUAGAGCGUGACGAGGUGGUGCAGAGUCCUUUCCAGGCGCUCCCAGGCUCAGCCCACACAUCGCACCUAAGGGGGCUGCCUGGCAGCUGGACCGCGGGUCCUUCCCAUUGCUGUCUCCUUGGACCACCCAUUGCAAGCCAAGCAAAGGCAGGGAGGCCUGGCCUGCAGCUGUGGGGCAGCCAGGGCUCCUGGGGAGGGGGUUCUCUAGGUGCAGCUUCUCCUCUCCCUUUCCUUUAAAACCACCUGCAUGAAGCACGGAGGGGAACGGCCUGCACUGCAAGGGAGCAGCAUCUCGCUAGGCUUCCUGCGAGGGGGCAGAGCAAACCCCUCCCUGGCUCACCUCCCCAAGGUCCUGAGCUGCAGGGUUGUGAGCAAAGGGCCACCCGCAAACCGCUCAAGCAAAGAGCCCCCGUAGGACUCAGGGGAAGCAGGAACCCGUUUGCGUAGGAUGUGGCUGCUGGUUUGGAAGAGGAAAGGGUUAUUUGUGGGGAUGUCUGUUCUGUGCAAAGAUUUGUGCUAAUAAUUCAGGAGGAAAAAAAAACAAACAGAAAACAAGAACCCUGAAGAACCAUAAA